AUGCAUUGCGAACCUUUGGAAGUAUCUAGCUUUCCCGCUCUUCCAACCCCAUCCACCUCCGCAAUCUUCGUCGUAACGGCCCUACAACGAACCGAGCCGUCACAGCACGUAAAAUCAAGAUGGUCUCUUCAGAACAACGAAGAAUGUCUUUUGAUGCACCACUACGUACAAGUGUUAGCUAGCUGGUUCGAUGUUUUGGAUCCAGCUCAACACUUUGCACGAGUAGUUCCCCAUCGAGCUGCACAAUGCGUGCCACUACAGCAAGCAAUAUUUGCACUCUCCGCUCGGCAUCUCAGCCGGAUCAGUGACAUGAAUCCCUAUAUUUCUGAUCAGUAUUUCAAGCGAUGUAUCGAUUUGCUCAUGCCCGUGGUCAACGAGACGCAGGCGAUUAUAGAGGAGGAUAUUCUGUGUGCUAUGGUUUGUCUUCGUCUGCUGGAAGAGUUGGAUGUUCCCCUCAGCGGCUGCGAUAAUCAACGUCACCUGAAAGGCAUCCAAGUUCUCGUAAACGCGCAAGAGCGCUCGGCUGCCACAGCCGGCGGUCUUUCUCAAGCGGCCUUUUGGGCUGGCCUCCACCAGGAGAUGUUCAUGGCGUUCAUCACCCAGCGACCCGUUGCACAAGCACUCCUUUCCCACUGCAACAUCGACCGCACAUGUUCUCCUGCCGAUGACUGCACAUGGGUGUACCGCAUCAUGGUCAACUUCGCCGACGUCCUCACCUUUUGCUACGGGCCAGCUCUCGACCCUAGAUCAAGCCCUGGCGUAAACAAAGGCCUGCGCCGAAAAGCGCAAUGGGACCAGCUGACGCGCUAUACAAGAGAGUGGCACGAAUCCCAUCCUCCACACUUCAGCCCGACGUACUCAGCAUCUCCAGCGCCCGGGGACAUCUUCCCGAGCAUUUACUUCCACCUCCCUAUCCAAGUUACCGCCUCCCUCUACUACCACGUCUCCUGCAUUCUCCUCGCUAUCCACAACCCCGCCCUACACCAAGAACUACCAUCCUCUUCUGCGACCAUCCUGCACCUCCGCACCGCUGCCCGUGCUCUUCACGCCCUCGACACGACCGUCCGCGAGAACGUUCGGGCUCUUUGCGGCAUCGCACUGUGCAAUCCAUGGCUAGCGCCCGCGAUGACGAUGACGAGCACGGCGCUGACUAUGUGCGGGGAGCAUUUCUGUGAUGUAGGGAGGGAGGAGCAGGACGGAAUGAUGUGGCUGCUUGUAAAGAACGAGGAGAAACAUGGGUGGCCGACUGGGACUGCACAGAAAUAUUUGAAGCGGGUUUGGGGGUGGGAAGGGGAAGGUUGA